AUGGCAACAGGUCAUCUUCCCUCCCCCAUCAUGAAUGCCAAACAAUUCCACAAACCAGAGAAAGACAAAGAUGGCUACCUCAUUCCUGUUGUUCCCAAGAAGGUGCUCGCGCCACCAGGCUUUGUGACUGCAGUUGAAUUCUACAAUUAUUUGAAUGGUGAGCUUGGCUAUCCUUUUAUUCUUGAUGACCAAUAUCUCCUAAUUCUGGAUUCAAGAACAAACUGUGAGUACUUAGAAUGCCAUAUUGCCACUGCUCGGAUGCACACAGAUAUCCACAUUGUUUUCGAAUGCCUCCUUGACUUAGGCAAAUUGGAUGCGUAUUCUUUUAUUGUAAUUUACGACUAUGACGGCAGUGGUGUUAAUGUGGAAAAUUCACAGUUGAUGAAGACCUAUAAAGAAAUACGAGAGCAGGGCCAUGAUGUUGAGAUUCUACUUGGUGGGAUUCAGCAAUUCAGCAGCAAGUUUCCUUUCCUCUGUACAGAUAAAAUCAUCAAUACAGAGCCAGAUAGACGAAGGCUUCUGAAAAACUAUCCAGCAAUAGUUUUUGAUGAUUUUCUCUUUCAAGGAAAUGGAGAGCAUGCUAUUGAUAACGAGGUGUUCAUCAAUCUUAAAAUCACACAUGUUGUCAAUAUCAGCGUUGAAGUGCCAAAUGCUUUUCCUGAACAUGUUGUCUACUUCAACAUUCAAGUCACUGAUGAAAUCUCGUCGAAGAUUCUUACAAAACUGUCAGCAGCAGCAGAUUUCAUUGCAGAGUCGAUUGCCAAUGGUGGUCGGGUGUUUGUUCACUGUGUGCUUGGUGCCAGUCGUAGUUCCACGGUCACUAUCGCCUACCUCAUGAAAUACCAUGCUUGGACUCUAGAGGGUGCUCUUCGCUAUCUAAAAGAGUGUAGGCAGUGCAUUUCCCCAAACCGAGGCUUUCUAUGCCAGCUGUCUAAGUUUGAAGAAGAACUCUAUGGAAAAGUUCUGACAAGUAUUGAUCAUAUUUGGGUUUAA